AUGAAGAUCUCCUCUAUUCUUGAGAGGAUCUCUCUUCCCGUGCCAGUGGGGGUCCCUGGCUCAGCUGUCCCUGCCAUAUUGGUCGGACUUUUUGUUGCGUUGGGAGGUGUCCUUUUUGGAUACGAUACAGGCAACAUUAAUGGCAUUCUUGCUAUGAAACAGUUUAGAGACCAGUUCUCCACGGGUUAUACUGACACUAUUGACGGGCAAGACAAUCAGCCCGAUUUCACGGCGGGGCAAAAAGCUCUGAUUGUCUCAAUACUGUCAGCGGGCACAUUCUUCGGUGCCCUAUUUGCUGCUCCAGUUGCAGAUAAAGUUGGCCGUCGAUAUGGCUUKAUGGUUUCCUGUGUCAUUUUUAUCGUCGGUGCUUUGUUGCAGGUUGCGGCAAGCACUAUUCCUGUCUUUGCUGUCGGUAGAUGUGUCGCUGGCCUGGGCGUUGGCAUGUUAUCUACGCUUGUACCUUUGUAUCAAGCCGAGACUGCACCGAAAUGGAUUAGAGGAGCCAUUUGUUCUGCCUUUCAGUUUGCAGUGACAUUUGGCUUGUUCCUAGCAGCCAUUGUCGAUAAUGCCACCAAGGACCGCACUAAUUCUGGCGCAUAUCGUAUCCCCUUGACCGUACAGUUAGCCUGGGCUGUCAUCCUUAUUCUCGGCAUGAUCGCUCUUCCAGAGACACCCCGAUAUCUCAUCAAACGUGACCGACACGAAGACGCUGCCCGCUCUCUUGCUCGCUUACGACGACUUCCCAUGGACAGUCGAUAUCUGGCGGAAAUUGCGGAAAUUGCUGAACACCAUGAGCAUGAGCUCAAUCUUGGCGGAAGCUCGUACCUGGACUGCUUCAGAGGAAACCUUGGGAAACGACUCAUGACAGGAUGCCUGUUGCAAGCAUUUCAGCAGCUCACCGGCAUCAACUUCAUAUUUUAUUACGGCACAUCCUAUUUCUCGAGUGCAAACAUGGGCAAUCCGUUUAUUAUCACCAUGAUUACUAAUAGCGUUAACAUGCUAGCUACUAUUCCUGGAUUGUUUAUGAUCGAGAGAUGGGGACGGCGACCACUGCUGCUCUUUGGCGGUAUUGGUAUGGCCAUCUCUCAAUUCCUUGUCGCUGGUUUGGGCACAGGUCUUACUCAGAGUGAUGCCACCAACAAGGCUUCCAUAGUCUUGAUCUGUCUUUUCAUAUUUUUCUACGCAUGUUCGUGGGGCCCAGUGGUUUGGGUAGUCCCCGGUGAAAUAUUCUCGCUAAAAGUGCGCGCCAAAUCCAUGUCCUUGUCGACGGCAUCCAACUGGCUUAUCAACUGGGCAUUGGCCUACUCCGUUCCUUACAUGGUUGGUUCCGGAACGGGAAAUCUAAAUCUGCAAGCCAAAAUGUUUUUUAUCUGGGCUAGCUUCUGUGUUCUUGCCAGCAUAAUUGUCUGGUGUCUAGUCUACGAGACCAAGGGUCUUUCUCUGGAGCAGGUUGAUGAGAUGUACGCCGAAAUCGAUAAGGCUUGGGAGUCGCAUGACUUUCAGGCCGCGGUUGCUCUUCGGAACUCUCAGCGACGUUCCGUCAAUUCUCAGGCACAGCCUUGGAAUCGCCAUAGCGCAAAAUCAGCGUCGUAUACUGUGCAUAUUGAAGCUUCAAGAUCCUUGACCACGGAGGAUAGCGAACGCCAUCAGUCACGGUCGAGCAGGGGCACCAUUAUUGAGCAGGAACCUUCUAUCAGGUUGCGACAAUUUCCUUAA